ACGCUUACGUUCUGCCUCAAGUGUCACGGAGGAAGUACUCGGGAGCCCCUGCUUAGCCUCGGGUCUGAACGCGGAGUCGGCGAUAAGCGCCGCGACGUUCACUUUCUGCGUAGUAACGGCAGGAGCAUGGUUGUGGAUCGGCGUCCUCAAGCCAAGCACACGGCGGACUUUGACGUCACAGACAAACGUCUGCUCUUAUUUCUCUAGCAUCGUUUUUGAGUCAGUCCGCAGCAAGAUGUUGCUCGCUGGAGUGGCUUUGCCGGUGUUCGCCGCCGUUCUCUCCGCCUGCCAUGUGAGUGCCGAUGAAGACUGCCUGUGGUACGUGGACAAGAAUGGCACCUGGCGCAAUGGCUUUGACUGCCCCUUCAACUCGUUCUGCUGUGGAAACUGCCACCACCGCUACUGCUGCCUAGAUGUGUACAAGAUGAUCUCAGAGAGGGAGCAGAAGCGCUGCAUGCUUUUCCAUUUGAGCCCCACUACCAUUGCAGGCAUUGCCUCAUCUCUCCUCCUGUUUGUGGCCAUCAUUGCCACCCUGGUGUGCUGCUUCAUGUGCUCCUGCUGUUACCUGUACCAGCGUCGACAGCAGCAUGGCAGGACUUCCUAUGAAGGCCAGCAGAUUCCUUUGGCCAGCUAUCCUGUGGACCCCACAUACAACACCUAUGGUAAACCAAUGAUGGGGGGAGCCGACCCCCAGAACCCAGGCUACCCAGUGGUUCCACAGUAUUACCCUGGUAUGCCUCAACAGUAUCCCAUUGUCCCGCAGUUCCCAAGCUCUUCGUAUCCUCCAGUAGAUCUUGGAAUAGGCCAGCCAGCUCCUCCACCAUACUCGCCCCCACACUAUCCUGGCUGCUAACUGGACAACAACUGCUCUGCUGGGUGGAGAAGGAGAGGAGACUGUGUUUCAAGGGCACUGCCUCUCUUCUUCAUUGUUCCAUUUAAUUUCCUCUUACCAGUCUGCAGCAACGUACUAAUUUACCCCUUUUGCGUUUUUAUUUCACCAUGGGAAGGGAACUUGGGUUGAAUUCCUGUUGUACUGGACUGGAUUUUUGUCAGCAGUUCUGCCAUAUGGCAGCGCAACCCUGUUUACUCACAGUGGAGUUAGUGGGUUGUCUUUUGCUGAAAGACACCCAUGUCAUAAAUGCGCCUGGUUUUCCCAGGUUCACAGUUUUUCACGUAUUUUCUUUAAUAUGUACUUCUGUUAAACAUUGUUAUACAAACACCGAGGGCUGUUAUACAAUGACAUGUGUAACGGUGUUUGUUUCAACACGAGCUCUACUUAAGGGGGGUACCUGGUACUGCUGCAAGAGUAACGUUUGAGUACAGCUGGAAAGGCAGCAUGCUGAAUGCCAGGAAUGGGACCGGUUUGGCUGAAAUUCAGAAAAAGAAGCUCAGAGGUGUUGUGGAGUGUAUAUAACAAUAAAGGUUUGUACUGGGUUACACUUCCCUUUAUUUAUGUUGCUGCUCUUUGAACACUUCAGCUCGUCUUCCAUGCGAAAAGCUAAUAAUUGCUGUUAACAUUUGAAAUCAAGAUAAGCACUGGAUAAAACGCAUGCUGUGAGUGACAGUGCAGCUAUUUAUAUAUUCACAUACUGAUGUUAUUUUAACUUUGUGCUUGUAAGUAUGUAUCUCUUGUAUCCAUGUGGAUCUUGCAGAAUUCUGCAUUAUGUCAACAAUACAGUAUAAUUCAUUUUCAGAAGUAUAAUUAUCCAUGCCAGUUAAGAACUGAUAUAAAUGGCUGACUGGUGGAAAUAAAUGGGUUUUUACUUAUUUUCGGACGUGUAGCAUUCACUUUUUCAGGAAACCCAGCAUUACAGAAAGGUCCAUGCUUGAUGAACCACAUGUUUAAAGGCAAAUUACCAGAAGGGAUUUGAAAAGUAAGCAUAUGCGGUUCUGCAUUAUAGGACAAUAUGUCUCCUGUGUCUUGUCUGAAGUUGUGUAGGCAUGCAGUGAUAUUUCUCAUGCCACUUAUCUGUAUCUAAUUGCAUGUGUAGGUUCAGUAUUCUUGAAAUAAUUUUUCAGCUUAGUUUUUUAGGUUUUUUUUUUUUGCUUGUCUUGUAGACAGUUUAUUCUUUAGUGGCUGGCGAACACAAGUUUAGUCUCAGAAGUAUGAAUCCUUUAUGUAUCAGGUUUGCAUUAACUCUUCCUACUGUGAGCUGGCAAAAAGUUGUUUCCUAAAUUCCUUUGUAUUCAGGGAUGGAACCAGCUUUGAGAUUUGCCAGGCAUAGCCGAACACAGCAAAUAAUCACUUUAAAAAAAAAUCACAAAAAUAAAAGAUUAAAAUAAAUAAUUAAAUUAAACCGGUAAAGUACAGCAAACAGAAACAAACAUAAACUGCGUGAUUCUUGUCUUAUUUAAAUGUUUCAUUCUUAAAAGUACCACAAAUCACCACUAAAUUAAAACUGGUGAUGUCAAUCUUUUCAUUUAAUUGUAAAGGCCUGAAGGCAGCACACAAUUCUCAGAAUUCACUCACUGAGGAAACACCAUCCCAAGUAGCACUGUCAUCUUACAUCACUUGGGUGGUGCAAGAGGACGUGGGUUCCGUCCCCGUUCAGUCUAUGUGGAGUUUGCUCUGUGUGUUCUCCACAUGUCCUUGUGGGUUUCGGAAAAUGUACGUUUCAGGUGGAUUGGCAACUCUAUGUUGCCCUGUGUGUGUGAGAGAGAGAGACUAAGCUUCAUUGCACUGUUGUCCUGUCCAGGGUGUACUUGUGCCCCAUGCUUCUGGCAUAGGCUCUGGGACACAGCAACCCUGUUUAGUAAAAGCAUCAGUUGAAAUUGCAUGAAUGGAUAUAAAAUCCUUACUUGUAUGAGUUACUUCUUAUUAGCAACAUGUUCCCUUUGGUGCAAAUAAAAGUGUGCUUCAUCUGCAUUUGUGAAAGAACAUUCCUGCACUCUUUCCUGUUUGUUUCCAAUUUAACAUGACUGGAGUUUUUCAAACUGCUCAAUAUAUUUGUUGACAUGUGAAAGAGUUGAUGUCCUCAUGUUGAACAUUAUUUUGGUUUUAUGUGAACAGAUUUCAGAGCUUUUGAGAAGUUAUAGAAAUAGAAUAUAAUGUUCUGCUUUGUUCUGCUUUAUUCUCCUAUUGAAAGAAUGGAAUUAAAAUGAAAAUAGCUGCUGUGUUUCCUCAUCAUUAACUCUUUUCGGAAUGUAACGUGUUGUGGUGUUCAUUGUUCAAGACUACAUGUUCUUUUGAUUGGAGGUUUCAGUUCCACACUGAGGUUUAUUAAAAUUAACAUUGUCUUCAAUGCCAUUUGCUAUUUCAGUGCAUAGCAUCCAGAUUGUUGCAUGUGCAGUGUCACUUUGAAGUGAAGUGUCAGGAAAAAAGUUGUUUGAUGAAAUCAGUUCCAAGUUUGACCAUCAGAUGUCACCAACAUUACCUGCCAAUUGUCGCUUGCUUGAAUAUUGUCUAAAGACUCAGGAGCCCAAAUUGAGAAAACUUUGCAAGUUUAAAUCUGAUAAAGGUUGUCAUUGAGCAAAGAAUAUGAUCUAAAGUGCCCAGUGAAUUAUCAUACUUUGAAAAUUUAAAGUAUAUAAAUGACACAUUCAUGUGUUUUCAAGGGCUCCAGCAUGAUUUGAUAAAUAUUCACAUUGUGAUAACUGCACUAAUGUUUUAGUUAAUGUUUGCUUUAAAGUUAUGCAGCAUUAUGAUAAAAUCAAUUCCAAUCUUACUCUUAAUGCAGACAGGGAGGUAUAUUAGGGGAUUAUAUGUCAAAGAGCAAAUAGUGUGAUGAAUGGGGUUGUUGCAUUGUAAUCUGAAGGUUCCUGAUAUUGAAUCCCACUGCUGUUGUGUUACCCUAGACUGAAAUCCUUACCCUUAAUUGAU